AUGCUGCUUCUCGCCAUGGCAUUUUUAGUCUCAAUUGCCGCCGUUUCUUGGAUGAUUAGCCGGACGUCAGACGAGCACGAUUGUUGUUCCUCAGAGAACGAUGCCACGACGGCCAUUGGUUCAGUUUCUUCAGCAGCAGCCGCUGGGUUAAACCCCUACCAAUCUACAGAAAAUCAGAAAAAUUCCUGCUAUUUGGACUCAUUGAAGAUUGGGGGGUCAUGGAGUGAUGGAAAAGAGGCAGGUUUGAAUUUUACUCCCAGGAGCGUUUUGGAUGAUCAGUUCCUUAAUCUGAAUGAAUGCCUGGAACAGAAUAGUGACACCAGAAUGCCCAAUCGUAAAUUGUUUGAAUGGGGUUUGCUGGAUCCUAAGGAAGACGAGCCGGGCGAAUUGCGGAUACUACCCAAAAUUGAAGUGGAUGUUUGGAAAUCUACAGGUUCAGUCUUUACCUUUGGAAGUGAUGAGUUGAUUAUGGAAAACCUUGAGGCCGAGUUGUUUGAAGAUUUUGGAGCUUCCAUUGAGAAGUUGAGUAAAGGACUUCCUGCUACAAAUUACACUUGUAAGGCAACCACUCAUGAAACCCAAGCGAGUUCUUCAUUCCAGACUGCUCAUGUCUCCUCUCAAAGUCAGAACCGCCAACCUGCUUUCAGGCAACGUAGUGGAACAUCGAAACCUCUGAAAAAUCAAAUACUUAGAAGGCAAGGAACAAAUAGAGCACUAAAGCAGGACGAUGAACAUUCACAUGUUAAGCAGGUAAAGUCUGCAGUUAGACGUGGGGAUUUAAAACUUACUCUUUCAAAACGGCCACAAAUAAUCAAGACUGCAAAAUCCAACCCAACAAUAACAGUGAAAAAGCUAACAUAUGGUAAGACAAAGAUUAGCACUGUUGACGAUAGAGAGUCUCAUGCUUUAAAGAAAUCUAUGGUCAGUGGAGCACCAAGGGUUCUUACUAAAUCUGCAUCAUUUUCCAAGGCCUCCUCUUCGGAUUCUGCAAUCUCAAUUCAAUCUCCACCAUCUUCCUUUACUGAUUGUAGAGGAAGUCCCUUUUCUGAAAAAGAUUUUAAAUCUCAUUUAGCAUCUAUUUUUAGAAAAGUUGAUCACCAAAAGGUUACCUCACCUUUCUCCCAUUCAACAUUCAAAACUCCAUCAAAAGAUUCAACCUGGAAGCGGACAUCAUCUGGCAAUUCCCCUGCCUUGCCAUAUCUGACCUCCUCCAAGGACGCUUCGAGCGUAUCGCCUUACAGUUCUAUCAGUGAAUGGUCGUCGUCUUCUCCCCUGUCAACCACUAGCUCGGACACUUGUUCUUGCAGAUCCUCAGGAUAUAGCAGCUUUGAUAAUGCUUUUAAUGAACAUUAUAAUCGUCAGAGGAUGAGAAAUCAUGAAUUCUACAGAAUUCUUAAAUCAUCUUUGCCCCUUGCCCCAACAAUAGCCAGUCCCCAGUACUGCCCAGCUAAAGAAAGUCAUUCUGAUCUUUUGGGGUCAAUCGGAGGCUCAACCAGUCAUGCUACAAAUGCAACUUUGAUUCCCCAGGGUUAUCAGAAUGAUCAACUGAAAGAUCUCAGCAAAUCCUUGCAACCAUCUCGAACCACCAGACAAGUUAAGACACACUUGCGUGAUAGUUUCGAAUGGGACAGCUCCUUCUUCACCAGUGCUGGUCUUCUGGAUCCUGAAGAAUUGUCAUGGUUGAUUAAUGGAGCCGAUCUGAGUGAAAAGAAAACAUCAACUGGACAAUGUAUGAUCACCUCACAUUUGAAUGAUCAUCUCAGUUGUCCGUUGCCAACCAAUCCUGAAGAUAAGAAAAUGGCCACACCUGAUGCAAAUAUUAGGAAAUCCCUGGCACAUGGGGCUGCUACAAGUCCAUCAGCCCUGAGGACGCCAUCCCCAAAGUUUGGGUUCUUUGACUGUAUUUGUUUUGAUUCCUUAGCUGUUUUGUCUUUGUCCCCCCUCAAUACUAUACUGUUCUUCUGUGUUGAGUGUUCCACCUUCCGCAAAAUGCCAACUUUACUCUUUCAAACUCUACUCUCAGCAGCAUUCAUACUGUACUUAGCUCUUCAACCAGCUCAUUCCCAUUACCACUUCUCCUCCUCCUCCACUCCUUCCACCUACACCGAAUGGAAAUCCGCCCGGGCCACCUUCUAUGCUGCGGCGGAGCCGCCGGAUGCGGUGGGUGGUGCGUGUGGAUAUGGUGACCUGGAGAAAAUGGGGUAUGGGAAAGCCACGGCUGGACUCAGUACUGUGUUAUUCGAAAAGGGUCAGAUCUGUGGUGCUUGUUUUCAAGUGAGGUGUGUUGAGGACUUGAGAUGGUGUAUUCCUGGGACUUCUAUCAUUGUCACUGCUACUAAUUUCUGUGCUCCUAAUUAUGGCCUUCAAGCUGAUGGUGGCGGACAUUGCAAUUUCCCUAAUGCACAUUUUGUGCUCCCUAUUGAAGCUUUUGAAAAGAUUGCUAUUUGGAAAGCUUCCAAUAUGCCCAUUCAGUAUCGCAGGGUUAAGUGCAGGAAGGAAGGAGGGGUCCGAUUUGCAGUUAAUGGUGCUGGGAUAUUUAUAUCAGUGUUAAUCAGCAACGUUGCAGGUGCAGGAGACGUCGUUGCUGUAAAGAUUAAAGGGUCAAGAACCGGAUGGCUGCCAAUGGGUCGGAAUUGGGGACAGAAUUGGCACAUAAAUGCUGACUUCAAGAAUCAACCUCUUUCCUUUGAGCUAACUGACAGUGAUGGAGUUACCCUCACAUCUUACAACGUUGCUCCUAAGGAUUGGAGUUAUGGGCAGACCUUCGAAGGAAAGCAAUUUGAUUCAUGA